CUCUCUAUCUUGUUGUUUCUUAGUGCUAAUUAAAGACUUUUUGAUAAUGGUUACCCCAUCUUCUUUCAGCGGAAGGGAUUGCUGAGGGGUCCCUUGUCCUUCUCUAUGACACCAAAUAAAAUCAUCUGGGGACCCCAGUGGGGAGCUCAACACUCCAUGCACGAAUGAAUUAAUGAACAGGAGCAGAGAGAAGAAGCUUUCACACAUGAAUCAUUAACCAAAUAUAAAAAGACAAUUUUUUUUAUGGGUGCUUUUAGUUUUCAUUUAAGAUUAGACUUUUAUUCUAGUAAUACGUGUGGUCAGAUUUAUGUUAAAGAUCAGCAUAGUAAUGAACAGACUUUUUUUCUCAUGCAUCAAUAUCUUAUAGCAGCCUGAGAGAGAAAAAUGGAUGCAAGUUUUUACCAAAAUAAAAUCAUGCAGUGACAGAGAAUGGGGAUGAGAAAGAGAAAGGUUUGUCUGUGUUUGGCAUUGAAAAGAAGGCAAAAGAGAGAAGUCAGAGGAAAAUCUGAUGAGGGUUGAUGUAACAAACGGCAGAGAAAUGGACACGUGGGCAACAUGCACACAAGGGUGGCCCAAGCAUAGGCCUAAUCGAAGAAGAAUAUCCCAAGGUUUAGUGGGGGGAAGCAUGAUGAUGAAUGCACAGUGUAUCUUUCACCUAUGUUGAGACUAGGUCCCACUACAAGCUUCUUUUUCAAUCAGUAUAGGAGAGCACUCCAAUGCCAUAACCCACUUGCUUUGCAUGCUUUUUGUGGUUUAAUCAUACAGCACCAAUUUUGAAGCUGUUGAGUUGCUUCGGAACUGCAGCUUUUUCAGUUGUGAAUGCUUUUCUCUGGUUCAUAUCAUUCAACUAACAUCAAUGAUGUGUUCACGGAUGAGAACACCACAUCUAUAAAUUGAAGUUCUUGCAGAAUUAUACGCAAAUAAAUGAGGUUGUGAGGGCAUUGUUAUAUGAAAGUUUCGAAUUUGUUCAGGCUUUCAAGUAGAGGUUUUUCUUGACCAUUGGGAAAUAGAUCACAAUAAGUAAAUAUGAAGUUCAUGAAACUUGGUACAAGGCCUGAUACUUUCUACACUGAACAAGCCACCAGGAGUCUGGUUUCAGAUGUACAAGCUGACCUUGUGAUAAAAAUCAAUGAUACUACUUAUCUGCUACACAAGUCUUCGCUUCUUCCAAAAUGUGGCCUCCUACAAAGACUUUGCUCAGAUUCUAGUGAUUCUGAGAAUGUUCCUCUAGAUCUUCAUGAUAUGCCCGGAGGUGCAGAUGCUUUUGAACUCUGUGCUAAGUUCUGCUAUGGAGUUUCAAUCAAUAUCAGUGCUCAUAACUUUGUACCUGCACUCUGCGCCGCUAAGCUCCUACAAAUGAAUGAGUCCAUUGAGAAGGGAAACUUUGUAGGAAAACUUGAGGCUUUCUUCGGUUCAUGCAUUCUUGAAGGAUGGAAGGACUCUAUUGCAGCACUGCAGGCCACUGACAAGUUACCUGAGUGGUCUGAGAAUCUUGGCAUAACAAGAAAAUGCAUUGAUUCAAUUAUUGAGAAAAUUCUUACACCCCCACCCCAGGUCAAAUGGUCCUACACCUACACAAGGCCUGGUUAUACUAGAAAGCAGCAUCAUUCAGUCCCAAAGGAUUGGUGGACUGAGGAUGUGUCUGAUCUUAACAUAGAUCUUUUCAGAUGCAUAAUAAUGGCUAUUAGAUCAACAUAUGUGCUCCCACCACAGCUUAUUGGUGAAGCUUUGCAUGUCUAUGCUUGUAAGUGGCUACCUGGCAUCACAAAGCUUAAAAAUUCACUUGGUUCUUCAGCAAUAACAGAAGAAUCCAAAGCGAUUAACAGAAAAAUUCUGGAGACAAUUGUGAGCAUGAUUCCCGCAGAUAGAGGGUCAGUUUCAGCUGGCUUCUUGUUACGGCUCCUCAGCAUUUCAGGCCCUCUUGGAGUCUCCCCAGUGACAAAAACAGAACUGGUGAAGAGAGCCAGUAUACAGUUUGAGGAGGCAACAGUGAGUGACCUGCUUUGUCCUUCAACAUCCUCUUUGGACCAAAAUUUUUAUGACACCGAGUUAGUUCAAGCAGUGCUGGAAAGUUUCUUGAAGUUUUGGAAAAGACUCUACCCUGGUGCUGUGGAUAACAGACACUUGUUAAAAUCAAUCAGAAAUGUUGGUAAGCUUAUUGAUUCCUAUCUUCAAGUGGUGGCAAGGGAUGAUAAUAUGCCAGUGUCAAAGUUUGUCUCUCUGGCUGAAACUGUUCCAGCUAUUGGCCGACUAGAGCAUGAUGAUCUUUACCAGGCUAUCAACAUUUAUCUGAAGGUGCAUCCUGACCUGAGCAAGGCAGACAAAAAGCGUUUGUGUGGGACUCUGGAGUGCCAAAGGCUGACUCCAGAAGUGCGUGCACAUGCAGUUAAAAAUGAAUCUCUGCCAUUAAGAACUGUGGUGCAGCUCCUCUACUUUGAACAAGAAAAAGAUUCUAUGGAAACCACUAGUUCCAAGCUGCAAAAAUCACAUGAUCUACUUCUAGGAGCAAAAAUGAGACCAGUCACUAGAGAUAGUCAUGGCAAGAGGUCUUUAAUGAACAAAGAAGAAGUCACAAGAAGAACCUCUCAUGCUGAAGAUAGAGAAAAGGGUCAACACAAAGCUAAACAAUCAGAUGCUAAGUUAGCAUUGGAUUUGGAAAGAAAGAUGGUUAUAAGAGAAGACACUGAAGAGAUAGGAUCAGAAAAGUUAAGGGUAGCUAAAGAAGAGAGAAUGUCAAGCAGCAAGUUGGACUUGGAUUCUAAGAACAGCAUUCAAAGGGCAAGAAGCAAAAAAUCAGAACAUGGUCGUCAAAAGGGAAGAUAGAGAGAAUAGUAAUUGCAAUCUUUGAAAUUGAAACAUUCAGAGCAAUCCUCAUUUCCCUAUAUAUGAACUUAGUAGUCUCUAUUCUUAUCAUUUCUUUUUUACAAGUGCAUAAAUGUAAGCAAGGUAUUGUCCUUUCUACUUUCUGUCACUGUUAAAGAGUUGUAUUUAUCAAAGAGGUCAUUGCAACAAAUGCAGUUGACUUCUCUCAGAUUGAUACUGUUUUCAUUACAUUUCAAUUACCUUAUAUGAAAAGGAAUAAAACCACUUAUCGUGUUUGUGGCAGGAAAACGAACAACCUUAGCCUUAAAAGUG